AUGAACUCAGAACCUUCUGAAAGUGACCCAGUUGAAGCGAUUAAUAGAGAACUGGACGGGAAAUUAGAAGGAAUUGAUGUUGAUGGGAUCAUUGAUAGGGAGCUUAGCAAGCUUGACUUAGAUUAUGCAAUUACAGUUGCAGCGACCAUUGAUCCGAUUGAAUGCUUCCAGGAAUCAGUUAAUGCAAGUUCAAGUCAAGACUGGGAAGCUUCAUUUGAUGAAGGAGAAGAAGAGCCGCAAUAUCAAAUUUGUCCGAGCGAGUCUGAUUCAGACGAAGGAGAAGAAAAAACAGAUGAAAAGCUGCCAGAAGUGAAAAGGGAUAUCCCAAUGACACCAGAGAAGGUUGAACAAAUUAAGAAUAUAAUGAAAAAAAUACAAAUGCCACACCCGUUUUGGGCUAAAAAUAUCCCUGAUCAAAGGUGGGUAGAGAUGAUGAAGAAAAGAGCUAAUGUUAACUCAUAA